AUUUGCAGUAGUCAGUGUUUUAUUUAUCAUUAAACAAAAGCACACAAACAACAAUAGCUCAAACCCACAAAAUAAUGGAUGCGUAUGCACAUACACGUUUCUACAAGAAGGAGAGGAGGAAAUUCUCGUUAAUUACAUACUUCCUGACAGCCGUCCUUCUCUUUCUAUCGGCGGUUCAAUGGUAUUACAUUAAUGAAUUGGACAAAGCAAACGAAUUCUUCACUAAAAAGUAUUGGGUGGGCAGCAUAUUCUUCGCAGUCGGACUAGUACUGUUCGCCGUAUUCAUAUUCUUCGAGGCUCUGCGCUUUACAGUGCCUAUCAAUUGGAUAUUUGCCAUCGUUAUACUUGAGUGUGCUGUCAUGGGAGUGUCUUCUCUGGUGGUACGUCACCAAAUGUACCAAUUAGUGCUGAGCUUAGUCGUCUGGGCAGUAGUUCUGGGGGUCUUUCUUCUGUGCGGUUCCUAUCUACCGCAUGAUAUAACACUGGAUAUUGUGGUGCUGUUUGUACUCGCCAUAGUUGCUCUCAUUGGCGCUAUGUACUUCCUAAUGCUACACAUCGUGACCAAUAUGCCAUAUUCCUUGUUAGUCCAUCGAGCCUUUGUUUUGGGCAGCAUCUGGAUGUUUGUUAUGUAUCACGCGCAGAUUAUCAACGGCGGAAAGUUUGCGGAAAUGCGCACCAAGGACUAUUUACUGGCAGCUCUGAUGCUCUUCCACGACUUUCUGUUGAUGUUCAUGCCAUCUUUUCAUUUGGCCUCCAAAUGGUCCGAUUCCUGCGAUCCCAAUGUAAAUCCCAAUGCAACGAAAAGGCUUGUAUUUAUAAAUGACCCAUAAAAAACAACACUUACGCAAGAGGACUAAAAAGGACUUAUAUUUAAGAAAAGCAAACCAUGUCGAAAAAGAUUGUGUGAAGAUUUGAAAAUUGCGCCAUACACUAAUUGAUGGGUAGCACUGCACUCAAUUACAUUAAAUCGUAUUGCAGCCCUGUCCGACGUUUGGCGCAAUUCCGGCACAG